AUGGCCGCCGUUGUUCAAUGGGCCCGUGCUCACAGCAAGCACAUCUCCAUCUUCGUGGCCAAGCAUGACACCGAGUCGGGGAAGCGAUUGAGCGCGGAAGAGCUGUGCCGCGUGCUUCGCUACGGAGACGACUCGCAGCUUCCAACCCCAGGCCUAUUCUUCUACACGCAAGGGAUGCCAGUCGUGGUGACGCGGAACCAGUUCGUCGGGCUGAAGGUGGUCAACGGGGCGCCUUUCCGGGCGGUAGACAUCUUCCCCGAUCUCGCCGCUGGCACCAUCGCCCUCGCCAGCGACGUGACUCUCCAUCUCGGACCCCCGGUGGCCGUCCUCCUGGAGUCGGAUGAUAGCGCGGGCCUCGCCAUUCCCGGGCUCCCCAACGGCACCAUCUUGAUCAAGAGGAAGACGGUCGCCAUUCCGAGCCAAAUGCGGGGUAAGGACAACAGAUCGAGGGGCAAGCCGGGUUUUCGGUGGGUCACCCACAGAACAGGGCCUCUCUGUACGCCGGCCUUCGCCAUGACGGAUCAGAAGAGCCAGGGAAAGCAGUUCUCGGACGUGCUCGUCAACCUCAAAGGCGUCCACUCGAGCGGUACGGCGACUCGACCGAGCUUCAUGAGCUUGUACGUGCAGCUGUCGAGAGCGCAGAGCUGGGACGGGCUGCAUCUGUUUCGGAAACCGGCGCGCAGUGACUUCAUCGAGCCGAAGAACGUGCUCGACAAAGACAUGAGGGACGCCAUCCUCAAGCUGGAACGACGGGGCGAGGAGACCAGACGGCGCUUCGAAACAGACCAUAGGCACGAGUCGUGGUUUCCGGAAUGGGAGGCCAUGCCUGGAUCUAGGCAGGGUACUGAAACCGAUGACGUAGAGGACGCGGCGCUCUGGCGAGACCCUGGGAUUUCCGAGCUCGGAUCGUAG